AGUGACGUCAACAAUAUAUUACAAAAUUUCAGGUUUUCAAAUAUAUCCUUUGCAUUAAACAAUAGGAUUCUGCUGAUGGUUUCAAAAUGUCUCUAAUUGAUGAAUAUACUUUUAGUGGUUUUGUUAUUCGUUUGAUGGAUGGAAAAAUAGAAAAGGGCAAUGGUGACACGCUUCUGUUGCCAGCAAAUCAAGUUAUUUCGAAACUAGAGGGCGUUACUGCACGGAUAGUUAGUCGAGCACGAGAUGCAAUUGUGCCCGAGCUUGAAAAGUAUUAUAACAUAGAAAUGGAGAUUGGUACUACGCUGAUUACAAAUGCUGGUCCAUUGAAAUUUAACUACAUAAUUCUUCUAGUUCUUCCGCAAUAUCGAUUAGACAAAAAUUACGAUUAUCAGAAUUCGUUGAUGAAACUGUCAUUUUCCAUCAGAAAGGCCGUCAAUUCGACCCAAAAUGUACAAGCAACUGAGAUUGCAACAUCAAUUUUGGGCAUAGAGAAGGGUUACUCUCCUAGCUUAUGUGCUGAAGCCUUCGUGGAGGGUUUACUGUGGUUUUCCGAUAGGCCCAAUAUAAAACAGAAGGAACAGAUUUUCAAUAUCUACUCAACGAAUAAAGCCGCCCUAAUCCUUAUGGCUUUAGCUAUUGAAAAACGAGUAUAUCCAUAUGGUAAGAGAACUGUUUAUAGUGACUUAUUCCAAGUCCGCAAGUGUAGGAUUUUGGAACCUUCAACCAAUGCUGUGAUAGUUGUUGUUUCAAGGUCUGCCUUUGAAGAUAUUCAACGACGUGCGAGUAACGUUAGAACUCGUGAAUACAGUGUUUUAUGUAAAUCUGACGAUAGUAUUCACAUGAUAGCCGUUGAACAGAUAAAUGGACGGUCGGUAAACGAAGUGAUGUAUGUUGCUGCACCCGGAAGCAAAGACAUAGCUGACUACAAACAUUUUAUGAGAGUACUCAUCGACCAAAUGCAAAGAACUUUUCAGAGAAAACAAAAGGAUAUUUCAAUAGUUCUAGACUUCGAUGGUGCUGUUCUGCCUUUUCUUGGGACAGAAGUAUUUUCUGCUCCAGACUUCCAUCGAUGUUUUCUUAGUGCCAUCAAAUAUUUCUCGAAGAAUUUGGUUGAAGCAUGAGCCGAGUGGAGGACAACACUAACUCCCUAUGAGCAAGACAAUCUAAGAGAAUUUUAAUAAAAGGCUUUGAUUCUA